AUGGAUCGAGAACAUGACCGAUUGCCAAGGCCGAGGCCAAGGUAUGAAUCAUUGGCAGAGGCCAAGGGUUAUUGUGAUAUAUUUGCGAACGGGGGUUUAGAAGAAAGCACAAAUGCAGUGAUCCUCUCGUCCUUUCCCACUCCGCCGCCGGUGGCCCCAUCGUUUCCAACUUCUCCAGGCACCGAUCGGCCCGCUUCACCCCAUAUCGAGAAUCUUCCUCUGUUCGGCGACAUCACCAUCCUCGAACGGCAGUCAUUCUCCUCCGCAAGCUAUCGAUCUGUUCCAUGGCCUUCGAUUUCUUCGACAUCAUCAAGUUCUCCGGCAAGAUGGCGGCAAAGCGCGAAGCCCUCCUCGAGCUCGUCGAUUUCAUCCACCACCUCUCCGAGUCUGCAGGAAGUGCUUAUCCAUACACCAAAAUCUUCCGCGAAGAAGAUCCAUUUCUCGAUCCCACCUGUCCUCAUCUACAGAUCGUGUUACGUCUUCUUCUCCGACAUUGAUGCCAAAAUCGCGAAAUGGUAUAUUGAUCAGAACGCGAAUAUAUCAAGACAAUUCUGCAUCGCAUCUAGGGAAAAUUCAUGUUGCAUCGUCACUUCAGUAGAAAGGCUUAGUAACAGUUUCUACAGGUUUUUUUUCGAGACGCAGAGGUCCAGUGGGAUUCUACAAGUUCUUUUCUUGAGGGAGCUUGAGGAGGUUCUGGAGGCCACUCAGGCUGCGGAGUUUUAGGGCUACAUGAUUUCUCUGUUUAAGCAGAUUGAAGCAGCCCUCAUUUUCAGAAUGCCAGCUACAGAAUAUAGAGAUAGAAGCCAAAGCUAAGAACCUGGAAGAGCAGAGGCAAAUGGCUUGGAGAAAAUUGGAAGCUGUAGUAGCAGCCAACGCUGCAGCUGAAGAUAUGAUUUUAUUGUGUUAGAAUGAUUUAAAUUCUUUUUUUCCCCCCCUAAAGAUGGGAUUGUUUGAAGUUUAAAAUGUAUGUGGUGGUCAGUUGAUUGUAUAGUCUAUUUGAUUUAUUUUGAAAUUAAUUUAAUGUAUAGUUAAUCAAUUAAAUUUUAUAUUAUAUUUAUCACAAAAGAAUUCAAUCAGUA